AUGUCCGCAGCAAUUACUUCGUUGACGCCUUCUCAGGUGAACGAUGAGCUCAACAAGAUGCAGGCUUUCAUCAAGAAGGAGGCCGAAGAAAAGUUCAAGGAAAUCAAGUUGAAGGCCGACCAGGAGUACGAAAUCGAAAAAACCGGGCUGGUCCGCAAUGAGAUCAGUAACAUCGAUUCGGCCAUGGAGGGCAAGACCAAGAAGGCCGCGUUGAAACAGCAGAUCACCAGAUCGACCAUUGCCAACAAAAUGCGUCUCAAGGUGCUAUCUACCAGAGAACAGUUGCUGGACGACAUUUUCGACGCUGCCAAGAUGGAACUCAAGAGCAUCUCCAAAAAGGAGAAGACCUACAAGCCCAUCUUGAAAGCCGCUAUCCUGGAGUCCUUGUACCGUUUGCUGGAGCCUGAAACUGUUCUCAAGGUGCGGGAGCAGGACAAAAAAUUGGUCGAGGCCUUGAAAGACGAGAUCCGGAAAGAGUAUGCCGAAAAGACCGGCAGACAAACUGACUUGUCCAUCUCCUCUGACUACUUGAACAAGGACGCCGCUGGUGGUGUCAUUGCCUCUGACAAGUCCGGCAAAAUCGUGGUCGACAACACCCUCGAGGAGAGAUUGACCAUUCUCAACCAAGAGGCUCUCCCAGCUAUUAGACUUGAAUUGUUCGGCAUCUCCGAAACAAGAAAGUUUUUCGACUGA